ACCGCGAGCGAAGAAGAAUUUUAAGAUUCCGCGGCAAUGUUUGGUUUUAAAUUUGUAUAAACCGGUUUAAUUGGUAUGCGCAGUAUUUGUUAUCCGAAUAGAAAUGCAUUAUAACAAGAAUAAAGAUAAACCACAUCAAGCCUCGAGUUUGUCGUCUUCUUUUAUUGCUGCCCCCAAUGAUAAAAAGGAAAACAUACGACUGGGCAAGCAGACGGCGUCUGUAUACGCAGCCAAGAUAAAGACGAAAAUACACAAUACCUCAUCAUUCUUCAAGUUCUCUUUGAAAAGCAACAACAAGGCUCUGGCCCUGGCUCUGGUUGCCCAGAAGAAGAAGAGCAGGGAGCUGGAGGAAGAGGUGGUGCGGCUGAGGAAAGAUGCGCAGACCACUAAUUUCGAUCUUGCUUAUCAGCGUCAUAAAAGCAAACAAUUGUUUUCCAUUAUACGAGAGUUUUAUGACUCUUCUCUUAACUGGAUGACAAAGGCUGUUGACAUUUUUUGUAAUGAUGAGGUUCCAGACAGUAUGGACACUGAACACAACACCAGUAAAGGAAUGAGAACACAGUACCAAAUGUUUGAAAUGGAAAAAGAGGUUGAGAAUUUGCCAGAGAGACCGUUGUGUCCACAGCAGGGCAAUGUUGCGUCUGUACCAGUGGAUACAGCUAUGGUUAAAGAGCCUACAGCCUGUGAUGUUCUCAGCCAAGAGAGAAACAGUCCAGCACAGCAAAACACUCUAUAUGACUCUGAAAUGGAGAUGACUGUUAAUGACACUGCUGCUGAAAUUGUAACAGUUGACACAAAUGCAAGAAGAACCUCUACAGAAGAACAUCAGGAAAAGAAGGAUUUGUGUCAUCCAGGAGAAGAUCGUGAGCAUGUAUCUGCAGAGGAAGACUUACCAAUUGAAUUUAGUAGGUCAGAUUAUACAUCAGCUGUGCCAAAAGAGUUGACCACUGUGACACAGCAGUGCUCUCCCACUGUUCAGAACGAGGUGGUGAAUGAGCAUGAAACGGAAUCAAUAACUGCACGCAGGAAGACUCACGUCACCUCUCGUUGCACUAAAAGUAGCAGGCGCACAUGUAAACGGAAAGAACCAAACCCUGAUCCAAGGAAAAUGUACCUUAUCUCCCAAGAUCCUUCUAAUGACAUUUUUAAUGAUUGUUUCAGUGAUCUUGAGCUUCAGAAUUCUGAAAAAAGAAAGACAAUUUCUUCAGAUGGAAAUAUUUCAAGUAAAGCUGCUCAAAACAAAGCAAAAGAGUCUCAUGCUACCCAGGAACCUAGGAGAACAUUUAUAGUUCUAGAUGAGCUAAGACCUCAGAAGAGCAGGAGGACCAAAGUCUCAUCCCUUAUGAUGGAUCACAGUACAUCGGAUGUGCAUGAAACUGUUGAGUCUGCUGGUACUGAUGUGCAUGCAAGUGAGAGUGCAGUUCAAGUUAAAAAACAUAAAAACAAAACUCUGGCACAAAAAAACAGAGGAACAUUUGUGAUACAGCAAAGUCAAUCAUUCAACAGUCCAGAAGGAUCACAGGAGGUAGCACCAGGAACCCAAAUGACAGCUCAAGAUAUUGGUUUAGAUACUAUUGCACUACAGCACAAGGAGCCUGAGCAUGUUUCUUAUGAGAUAUUGAAGGAAAACACCUAUCAUCCAGAAUGUACACAAGAUGUGCAUAUCAGCCCUGUACAGGAAGCCUCUGAAUUUCCAUCAUCAGUUCCCGGUAAAGCUAAGAAACACAGAAAAGAGGGGGCAAAUAAAAUAAAAAAAUGGAAUGCUGCAGGAAAAGAAAAAUCCAAAGCAUUAACAAAGAAACAAAACAGUUGUGCUGUGAGUAUGGAUAAAAAUGUGUCGACUGAAAGGCAAGAUGUGAUUGAUCUUCAGAAUGGAGCAGGAUACAGGUCUUUGUCUAAUACUUUACAACUACCAAGGAAAUCUCAUUGCUCAGAGGAGGACCUCAGGGAUGAACAUAAUGCAGAAACUCCUGAAAUGCGCUGCCCUUCCUCUGUUGACAAGCUUGAUCAGGCUGACCAUAUCAAUAUGGAUGCUCUUAACAUAGAUCUGGACCAAACCAACAAAGCUCAUGAGAGCAGGUGCAGGAAAACGUAUGUAAUUUCAUCUUCUCAUGAAUCUCUAAAUAAAGAAAUGACUGACCUUGGUGCUUCCAGCAGAACAUCAUCUUCUGAACAUCAUCUUCUCACAAAUGAAACGGAUGAUGUUUCACCUGUCAUGAACUCAAGCAUGUUUAUCAUAGACAAAUAUAAUGCGACUUCAGACCGUUUCAGUGAACACACAAAAGACCUUCAGCUCACAGAGGAGAGGCCUCCAUGGGAGACCAUAGAUGGUUACGCUGAAAUGCUCUCAGUCGAAAGCUCUGCCCACAGCCCUCAACCAGAGGCCCGCUCUCAAACUAUGAACAUUUACCAGGACCAGGACUCAGAAUUGAGGCACCAAGCUCCAGAAGAUAGCAGGGUUAUGAAGAGUCUAACAAAUACAGACGUUAACUCUUUAGGCAGAACACGAAGAAGAGAAGCACCAGUCUCCUACAAAGAGCCAACUCUCAAUUGCAAAAUGAGGCGUGGGGACAAAUACUCUGAUACAAAAUUCUUAAACUCUCCGGUGUUCAAAGAUAAGAAGAAGAAGAAGAAACAAACUUAGGAGUGAAUUUCCCAUUGAUUGAUUUCAGUCUUUUAUUUAAUUUUAAUUUUUGUUAUUUUGUUUUAUUUACUUUUUUAUGCAAUUAAAAUGUUUAAUGGAUUGAUCUUAAAGUAAGCAUUUUAAUGACAGCUGUCAAUUAGCCUUCAGAUCUCAGCAUAGUUUCAUUCUUGUGCAUUUAGGCAAUUUCGUUUGAAUUUUAAAUGAUAUUUAUUUCUGUGGUUAAUAAAGAGAACGUGCUCUAUUUGCUGUUUAUCAUUAACUUGAUUCUGCUUUCCAACCCUAAGUUGUGUUCCUACUGAUCAUAUGGAAGUAAUCUCCAAUCUCUUUCCUAACUCAUAUACAUGAACGUUGUAUCUGUGUUAUGUAACCGAGCACUGGCCGACAGUGUUAAAGUGAUUAAAGGACUGAAUGAAUUAUUUAGAGGACUGUUCACAUGAGAGGACUACGAUUCUGAGAUCGAGUAGGGGUGUCUGUUCAACCAGUUUAUACUGUCUGAAAGCAGAUGGAAGCUUCUGAUAUAGGCAUCUUAUUAUGCUAUCAGGAAGUGUUAGUUUGAGGUAAGUUUAGGUGUUUUCUUAGUUUACAACAAUUUGUAUGUGUUUUUUGUAUGUAUCAGUCUUUUUGUGUCAAGGCAUAAGUAGAUGCAUUACAUUAAAAUGUAAUUGAUUUAUAUUCAUGGACUGUUCUUAUUUCAUUAGACAUUAGUAACUUGUUGGAUCAACCCACUGUUUUUGUACAUUGUAGUCUUAUCAGAUGCCCCAGGUAACCUAACACAAGUCUGUUAGAUACUCUGUCAAAUUUUCGUCUCACUUUUCCUGUUCAUUGGAAGCCAAAGUUUGCAGUUUGCUUCCUGUGUUUAGUGUUGCCCCUGGCAGAGGAUUAAGUACUAUUUGAUUCUUGUAAAGCAUUUUGUACUGUUGGUUUUAAAAGUGCUUUAUAAAUAAAGAUUAUUAUUAUUAAUA